UAUAGUCAAAACAAACACACCUCUCUCUCUCUCUCUCUCUCUCUCUAGUGAUAUAUCCAGCACAUAAAGCUAACUAGCCAACACUUUCUUCCCCCACUAAGAGAAGCUGCAGACAAAAGGAGAAUUUAUGGAUCAGUGGCCACAGGGUAUUAAAGUACUGGUGAAGCCAAUGGAGGAGGAGCUAGCAUCAUCUAAUAAUUAUAAUCCAUCUUGCACAAGGAGUAAUAUCUUGGAGAUGAGAAAACCAAGCCCUCAACAGCAAUUGAAUUGUCCAAGGUGUAACUCAACCAACACUAAAUUCUGUUACUACAACAACUACAGUCUCACUCAACCAAGAUACUUCUGCAAGACUUGCAGAAGGUACUGGACUGAAGGAGGUUCUUUGAGAAAUGUUCCGGUCGGUGGUGGCUCGAGAAAGAACAAGAGAUUAUCAUCAUCAAUUUCAGCUUCUUCUAAUCCUAAGCUACCUGAUCAUCAUCAUCAUCAUCAUCUAAACCAACCAAACUUAUCAAAAUUUGUUUCUCAAAACCCUAACAGCAAUAAUCAAGGCCAAGAUCUCAAUCUUGCCUUCCCUGGUUCUUUACAGGAGAGUACUCAUCAUAUGCCAAAUUCUGCUUCUUCCUCUUCUUCUGUGGAGCUGCUUAGAACAGCUGGGAACACCUUUGUUCCGACGACACCGAUGCCGGAUUCUUACUCACUCAUGUACCCAUCUGGAAUUUUAUUUCCUCUGCAAGGUCAUCAUCACCUGAAACCUAGUCUUGGAAUCAAUAGGACUAAUAAUAUUAAUGGGGUCCAGCAGGAGAUAAAUAAUGGAGGAAGGGUUUUCUUCCCUUUUGAGCUUUCAAGCAGUAACACAACGACAGAAGCUGAUCAUCAAAAUAAGGGAAGAGGAAGUUCAACCACUGGAUAUAAUUGGACUGGCAUGAUAAAUGGAGGCUCAUCAUGGUAGAAAAAUCCUGAGUUGCAAUCUAGAAUUCUUGAGGUAAGGCUGCUUGCAUCAAAACCUUCUGGGUUUUCACUUGAUAUAUAUAUAUUUUAUUUCUACUUGUUGAAUUCAGAGCUAACUGAUAGGGAAAAUAGGGCACAAAUUGCUUCUUAAUUUGCUUUAUAUUCUCCUCUUCUUUAUAUCUCUCAGUCUCUGGACAUUAAUGUAAAGAGUUUGGAAGAGUCAGUCCUGUAUUCAUAGUUAGAUUUCUUCUAUCAGAACUAGCAGAGGCACAAGUACUGUGGCGUAUGUGUCUCCAAAGUGCUUCAGUAUAUAUAUAUAUAUAUAUAUAUAUAUAUGACCAAUACUAUUUUGUGGGUUAGCUUGCCUGAACAGUUUAUAUCAUGGAGAAUUAAGGCUUAAAGUUGUCUGUC